UGCCCGGAGCGGGCAGCGCCCCGGCGGCAAGGAAGCCGCCCCGCGCCUCGCAUCGGCGCCCAGAGCCGAAGGCGCCCGGAGGGGAAAGUUGUGUGCGGAGCCGGGCUGGGCGCGAUGCCGGGGCGCGGCGCGCUGUGCCUGGGGCUGCUGAUGCCCGUCCUGCUGGGCUGCGGCUCGGCGCAGUCGCCCGGCGGCUGCCCGGCCCCCUGCGAGUGCUCGGAGGCGGCCAAGACAGUGAAGUGCGUGAACAGCAACCUGACGGCCGUGCCGCCCGACCUGCCGCCCUACGUCCGCAUCCUAUUCAUCACCGGCAACCGCCUGGCCCGGCUGCCGGCCGGCGCCUUCCCCGCCCAGCGCCUGCCCGACCUCAGCGCCCUCAACCUCAGCGGUAACCACCUGGAGGCCGUGGAGGCCGGUGCCCUCGCCGCCCUGCCUGCCCUGCGGCAGCUGGACCUCAGCGGCAACCCGCUGGUCUCCCUCAGCCCGCAGGCCUUCGGGGAAGGCGGCAGCCCGCUGGAAGAGCUGGCCCUGCGUGGGGCCCUGCGCAACCACAGUGUCCUCCUCAGCCUGGCCGCCGUGCUGCAGUCCGGGGCCCUUCACAACCUCAGCCGCCUGGAGCUGUCUGACAACGAGCUUUUGCUCCUGCCCACCGGUAUGUUCGUGGCCCUGCCUGCCCUGCGGCAGCUGGACCUCAGCAACAACUCCUUGGUGGGUCUGAGAAAUAUCUCCUUCCAAGGGCUGGGCCAGCUGCAGAGCCUCGACCUCAGCAACAACUCCCUGGGCGUGCUGAGGAACGACACCCUCGCCCAGUUCCGCAGCCUGCCCGCUCUCCAGCUCAUCGGCCUGGGCCGCAACGCAUGGGUCUGCGACUGCGCCAUCCGGGAUCUAGUGGCCUGGCUCAAGGAGAGUGACCAGGUGGAGAGCAAAGAAGCCCUGACCUGUGCCUACCCCGACAAGAUGCUGGGCAAAGCCCUGCUGAAGAUCAACGACUCAGACCUGGACUGCUCUGGGCCUGCAGACCUGCCUUCCCAGCUACAGACUUCCUAUGUCUUCCUAGGGAUAGUCUUGGCUCUCAUCGGGGCCAUCUUUCUCCUGGUUUUGUACUUGAACCGAAAAGGAAUCAAAAAGUGGAUGCACAACAUCAGAGAUGCCUGUAGGGAUCACAUGGAGGGCUACCACUACAGGUACGAGAUCAAUGCAGACCCCAGGUUAACAAACCUCAGCUCCAACUCGGAUGUCUGA